AUGUCGUCGCCGGAAAAGAUAAUACACACAUACCACUGCAUCUGUACCCAACUCGUCCUCGCAACCACAACACCCCUCUCGACCCUAAAACCACGAACCAGCGAUUCCUCCCUCAUCCUUCCACUCCCCGACCUCUCUGCAACCACCAACCACUACGCGCUUCUAACAAACACGACCCUCGAUACUGCACCCACUAUCAUCCGUCUUGAAGACGGAUUCGAGAAACGCUAUUUCCACAAGUGCAAUCGCUGUGAUUUGAGCGUUGGGUAUUCACUUGACAAGAGCCAGUCUGAGGAUGGCAAGGGAAUGAAAGGGGAAGUGGUGUUUUUGCUGCAGGGAGGGUUGGUGGGGACGGAGAAUAUGAAGGCGGCGAAGGAUAUGGAGGGCGAGAUUGGGAGGGUUGGAGUCAAGGGCUGA